UGACGGCAGCUUCAGCUCAGCUAGCAGCUCCAGCUAAUCCUGCUAACAGCUAACGGCUAGCUUGUGGCGCUAUGAUGGCGGAGCUGGUGCAGGGACAGGCCUCGAUGAACCAGCCGGGGCUGAAGUCAGACGGCCUGGCCGAUGCUUUACAGAGGGCCCGGCAGAUGGUGGGUAAAAUGGGCGGAGAAGCCAUGGCCCACCUCAACAGCUCCUCAGGAAGUGUUGAGCCCUCGCUGUACUACCCUGGACAGAAACGACCAGGAGAGGACGGAGUAGGUAACCAGCUCGCUGCCAUGGGGCACCAAAGCAGGGUAAUCACAGAGGAUUACAAGGUCCCUGACAGGAUGGUGGGUUUCAUUAUUGGUAGAGGAGGAGAACAGAUCACCAGGAUCCAGUUGGAGUCCGGCUGCAAGAUCCAGAUCGCCGCUGACAGUGGGGGUCUGAUGGAGCGGCCGUGUUCUCUGACUGGAACUCCGGAGAGCAUCGAGCAGGCCAAGCGGCUGCUGAUCCAGAUCGUGGACCGCUGUAGAAACGGUCCAGGUUUCCAUGGCGAAGGGGAGGGCGGAGCCUCUGUGCAGGAGAUGCUGAUCCCGGCGAGUAAAGUGGGGCUGGUGAUUGGCCGAGGAGGAGACACCAUCAAACAGCUGCAGGAGCGAGCGGGAGUAAAGAUGAUGAUGAUCCAGGACGGUCCGAUGCCGACAGGAGCCGACAAACCUCUUCGUAUCUCUGGAGACCCGUACAAAGUGCAGGCGGCGAGGGAGUUGGUGUUGGAGGUGAUCCGGGAGAAGGACGGAGAUUUCAGGUCAGGACGCAACGACUUCAGCGCUCGACUGGGAGGAGCCAACUUGGACGUUCCAGUUCCCAGGUUUGCUGUUGGAAUUGUGAUCGGCAGAAAUGGAGAAAUGAUCAAGAAAAUCCAGAAUGAUGCAGGAGUUCGAAUCCAGUUUAAAGCAGAUGACGGCAUCAGUCCUGAGCGUGUUGCCAUGGUGAUGGGACAACCAGACCGCUGUCAGCACGCUGUCCACCUCAUCAACGAGCUCAUCCAGACCGCACAGGAGCGUGAUGGCUUCGGCUCGGCCCUGAGGGGCGGGAGGGUCAGAGGUCGCAGUGACUGGACUAUGGGCUCCCCAGGUCCCCUACAGGAAGUGACCUACACCAUCCCUGCGGACAAGUGUGGCCUGGUCAUCGGUAAAGGAGGUGAAACCAUUAAGAGUAUCAACCAGCAGUCUGGAGCUCACGUGGAGCUUCAGAGGAACCCCCCCCCCUCCACUGACCCCAAUGCCCGGGUCUUCACCAUCAGAGGCUCCGCCCAGCAGAUGGACCUGGCCCGGCAGCUCAUAGACGACAAGAUCGGGGGUUCAGGGAUCAUGAGCAAUGGGGGUUUUGGCUUCAGUCCUUUCACCCAGGGCCCCGCUACACACCAGAACUGUGGCAGCGGUCAGACCUUCCUGACUGGAGUUUGGGGAAACACCUACCAGACGAGCUGGCAGAACCCUGGACAACAAGACCCUGGUCAGCAGAACCAGCCCCAGAGCUUGAUGACCGACUACAGUAAGGCCUGGGAGGACUACUACAAGAAACAGAGUCAGUCGUCUCAGCAGAGUUCAGUGCCCGACUACACUGCAGCGUUAGCAGAAUACUACAGACAGCAGCCCUUCCUGUGGAACCCUGCCCAGAUACAGGAUCACUAGGCUCCUCCCCCUCUGGCGCAGGUCUUGGAUCGUCGUCGAUGGCAACCGAAAUCGGGGUUUCCUAGCAACGCUGCGCCGCUUCCUCCUUCUUUCGUAGAGAAACUUUGGAUUAACUGAUCACGAACUCUUUCUUUCUGUUUUUUAACCUUACAAAGUGGAUAUUUUGUCGGGCAGAUUUUUGGGACGAGCCUCUGGUCUCUCCGGUGUCAACCUGGUUUUUCUUUUUGUUUUUUAUCAAACUUGAACUUAAAGAUGUAUCAGUGUGGCUUCGAACAAAAAAAUCCAGUAUAAUCUAUAUUUUCUCUAGUUUUAUUUUCCAAUAAGAAAACGGUAUGAGGCUUAGCAGUCUUGAGUAAGAAAAUCAGAUAUAUUAUUAUUAUUUUGUUCAUGAUAAUGUUUUAAAGCAUGCGUCAGAUUGUGUGUUUUGACUCUCAGUUAUUUUUUUUAUUUUGGCAUAGAAAUAUUUUAAUAGCGUCGGAUGGAAAUGUAACGUUUUACAGUCGGAGACGAAACUGUUUUUUGUACUAAAUUGUUGUCGCUGGGUCUGUUUGUUCGCAAUCUAAUUUUACCUGUUCAGUCGCCAUCUUGAGGUGCAAUGACGUGUUUUCUUUUUGGUUUGAUGAUAGUUCUUAUUCCUGUAUCUCUAUAGUGAUUCUUUAGUUUUUAUGAUGUAAUGAUGAAUAAAUGACGAUUUCUAUUGCGUUGUCUAAAGCCAGAUCUCUCUGUGGUCAACACUCUGUGUCCUCCACAGGACGGACCUCCAGCAGACGCCACGUUUACCCGCCGCGACUUUUAAAAAGCGGGAAAAACACUAUUUUCUUACAGAGUGAAACUUUAUUAUUGUUGUCAAAACUUCGUUCUGCAUUUCUUCUUUAGUGAUUCGGGUUAGCGAUGUUUAAGUUGAGCGAGCGCGUUAGCUGAACAACGUUUGGUAGCAAAAUGCAUGUUAGCUCAUUUGUGUGCUAGCCAGAAGAAUGGGGUGGUUGAGCCGUCUCGUGUGUUAGCAGAUAACUGGUGGUUAAACUUGACGGAUGCACGUUGACGGAAACGUCUCUUAGUGAAACCGGUUUGUGUUACCGGAGAUUUGGUAUUUUCUACUGAGCACGUUUGGUUCUGGGUUGCUGAACUGUUUCUGGGUGCGUUAGCUCAUUGCUAACAGUUAACGUUUCUUCUUGGCUCAGUCGCAGCUUCACAUGGACGCAACAUUCGAACGUCACCAGCCUGAGAUUAACACAACCGCCACUUUGCAUCAUCAGAGAUCAGAAAACUGUAAAAAAGCCUGAAAGUUCUCUGGAAAUGUCUCGUGGUCCCUCCGAUGGUUUGAUCACUGUCACAAAGAAAAUGUUAAAUUUUCACAUUUAUGAAGCUGCAAGUAUCCAAACAGUGAAAAGAUAAAUUGAUUAUCAGAAUAGUUUUCUAUCCAUCAGCUAAUUGAUAUGAGUUCUGCAUCAUCAUGAAAACGCUACACACAGUUUUCAUCAAAUUUUACUCGCAAUCUAAAAUUCCCAAAACAAAAUUAAAGAAAAGACUAAAUUGAAUCUUCACAUCCGUUCUCCUGAAGCUACAGAGCGAUUGGCUAACGCCUCUGAAUGUAGAUCAUCCUGAUUCUGCUUGUCAGCUAUUUUGAAAACAGUUUUAUCGGACCAGAGAAUAUGGCUCCAAAUAAAUAUAUUCACUAAAACAUAUAAAAGAAGCUACACAUUUUAAUUUUACUAGUCAAACUUCCAAAAAUAAUAUAGAAAGAUUUAAUACAACAAAUUUAGGAUUUAUAUUCAUUUAGCUGGAUAAGCUACAUGCUAGCAAACAAGCGUAUGAUUUUUGUGAUUUUUUUUUUUUUUAACAAUGCGUCAGCGCUCAUAAAUUAUCCGAAUCUGCUGACGUGGUGUAAAUAUUUGUUAGCUGAACGGAGAGCUAGCUUAAUGAAACUAAGCGCUUUAGUAAAACUGUUAAUGCUAAAUGUCUGUUAGCUAAAGAGAGUGUUGCAGCAACAUGUUAGCUAAGUUGUUAGCACCUGUAACAUCUGGAUGAUACUUCGUAAACUCGCUCUUGUCAUUUGAGAACCAGUUGAUUUUUUUUACAGUUGCAUUAAUUAGUCGACCAACAGAAAGAUAACCAGCAGUUGUUUGAUGGAUUUUUAUAAAUCAACUUUUCUAUUCCCUGGUUUCAACUUCAUAAUGUGAAUGUUUUCUAUUUCUUUUGUCAUCGUAAGCUCAGGAUUUGAGUUUGGGACAAUUUAUCAUAAACGAGUCAUUUGCAGACGUCACCUUGGACUUAAGGCAAUAGUUUUUUUUUACAUCGUAAUACUGAUAAUUUCACGGAUCAAAUAUCCAACAGUUGCAGCCCGACUAUAUUUGUACGAACUGAAAAGUAUUUUUGUCUUUUCCUUUUUGACUCCGACACAAAUUCUCUUUUUCAACACGUUUAUAUUGUAAAGAUUUGUGAGUCGACUUCUGUUCAUAACUAUCACAGAGACAUGAUUGUGUAUCUCUGCAGAAGUGUUAUUGCAGCCUUAACUGUACAGUGUGUGUUUGGGUUAAAUGAACAUUGUGCGUGUUAGUUACAUGUUGUGUGCAUGUUAAGACUGGAUCCUGCUUCUCAAACACAUUUUCUUUCCUUAGAGGUUUUUGUGGCUCUUUUCUUGUACGAACUGUUUUGAAGCCACUUCCAUCAGGAAUUCAGGAUGUGUAGUUAGUUUGAUGCUCGGAGGUGAUUGUGAGUCGUCUUUGUAGCCUCGGCCGCGUGUUGUGCGUUUGUUUGCUGGUGUCGGACCACAGAGAGGUUUGCCUGAUGUCGAGGGAGAUCUGGCUGUUGAACAUUGAAUCCGUGGUUCUGCUUCUUGUAUGUGUGACGAUGAUGAUGAUGAUAAUAAUAAUGACGAUAAUAAUUAGUUCUCCUGUACAGGUUUCUAUUUAAAUCUGUUAAUCCACUUUUGAAUAUUCAGUUUGUCAAUAAGAUGAUAUGGUUUGUGUAAAUUUCCACUCUGGCAGAUGCUCUCAGUACAAAAUGUACAUUGUUUAAAAUGAUAUUGUUUAAUUCACAUGUUGUGUCUAACGAUUUGCAAAGAGAAGCUGAGUGUUAUAUUCUCAAGACUGCUAGGCUACUGUCCCUGUCCCCUCGUCCGUCCCUGUCCCCUCGCCCGUCUCUGUCUGGACGUCACCACGUUCACAAGUUGUGGGAUUUCAUCUUUUUCAACACGCCUGUAAUCACACCUUGUGAGUAUUGUGGUCGCAGGCGUGUGGUCCCGCGGCGUGGUGGCUCAGAGGGCUGUAGUGACGGGUUUGAAUCCCGAGACGUUGUAAAAGAAAGCUCUGAACUGGACGGAGGCCUGGUGUCCACACCUGAUCCCAGGCUCGCCACCCGGUGUCCCAGCACGCCACCCGGUGUCCCAGCACGCCACCCGGUCCACCCACUCCAGUUCAGAUCUUCCUUGUCCGGGAGCUUUUUGGUUUCAUGGUUUCUGUUGUUUUUCUAAUGGACUCACGUCCAAACUGUAACCUGCAGAUUUUUCUAUUAGAUUCUAUUGACAGUUAGAGUUGUGUAUGAACCCGAGCCACAAGAUGUCGAUGGCCGAGGAAGAGGAGGAAGGAGGAUGAUGAUGAUUAACACGAGGGCUAAUAAACAGGCUCAUUCUUUCUGA